AUGUGCUCGCAGCGGCGGGACAAGGACGGCGUGUUAGUGAGCCCCAGCGAGCAGCUGUCCAGCCAGAAGAUCUGCUUCUCCUCCUACCUGGAGCGCAUGUGCUCGCAGCGGCGGGACAAGGACGGCGUGUUAGUCAGUCCCAGCGAGCAGCUGUCCAGCCAGAAGAUCUGCUUCUCCUCCUACCUGGAGCGCAUGUGCUCGCAGCGGCGGGACAAGGACGGCGUGUUAGUCAGUCCCAGCGAGCAGCUGUCCAGCCAGAAGAUCUGCUUCUCCUCCUACCUGGAGCGCAUGUGCUCGCAGCGGCGGGACAAGGACGGCCGCUCGCGUGACGUCACCGGGGUCCACUCACCAGUAGUCAGUCCCAGCGAGCAGCUGUCCAGCCAGAAGAUCUGCUUCUCCUCCUACCUGGAGCGCAUGUGCUCGCAGCGGCGGGACAAGGACGGCGUGUCUAAAAUCCGUACGCCAAAACGCCAGCGCAAAGACAGCACUACCGACAAAGACAAGGAAGUUGAGUUAAAAAAGUUUAAGUCUGAGGACGCUGACGUCAACAAACUAAUGCACAUCGACGAGACGGCCAUAGACGGCAUCGAACUCAUGGCCAACUACAAGAACAUUCUGGAAGACGAAGAGAAACCAAGCACAGAAGACGAAAAGGAAUUAAAAUCUGAAGAAACCGCUGACGAAGCUGAAACAGUUCUGGAUAAAGAUAUAGCAGAAAGAGACAAAGAUAUAGAUAGAGAUAAGGAUAUGUCGGAAAGGGAUAUGUUGGAAAGGGAUAAGGAUAGCUUCUCUGAGAUGGAAGACGAUGAAAAGUACGCGAAAAGUGAUACGGAUAAUGAGAGCGAUCAAGGCAAGAGUGAUAAGGCGGGAAAAACUAAGUUUAAGAACUUGAAGGUAAAAUUCCGCAUACGUCCAAAGAAACGUGGGGGCAGCAUAUACACGCUAGUCAUAGAGAAAGACCAGGAGAAUCAGGACAGCAAGAUUGAGAAGGAGCAGGAGAAUCAGGAUACCAAGCCAGAAGAACCGAAGCCAGAGGAGGAGCCGAAGCCGGCCAUCGAUGUGGACGCGGCGUUACGUCAGAUCCGGCGUGGCUGGAGCGCGCACGACGCGGGGGAUCUCACCAUCGGGGACCUGUACUUGAUGUUCGGAUCCCGUUCUAAGCUAGAACUGGACUACUGGUGGGCGGAGCCUACGCCCCCGUUGCCACAGCCUCAGAAGGCUAGCAAGCCCGAUCAGCCGGCAAGCAAGCCCGACGUAGACCGACAGCCUGACAGGAAGGCAGAGGGCUCGGUGGAGGAGAGCGACACUGAUAUAUUCUCGCCGAAGCACGCGUUCAGUCAUGAUAGCAAUGAUGCGCUGUCUGGAGAUGAGAGGAAAGGAGAGCAGCUGGCAUCGCCGGAGCACAAGUCGUCUUCGGCCAGCAGCUCGCUGAAGCUGGUCAGCAAGCUCAUCAACCGGCCGCAGCCCGCGCCCGCCGCCGACCGCGCCGGCAUGUCGCAGCUUAGCGAACGAUUGAAGCGUCUGCUCGCCAUGGUGGGCAACCCGCACGUGGGCGGCGCGGGCGCAGCGCGCUGCGGCUGCGGACACGUGUGCGCGCUCCGUCGGCCGGCACAGAAGCAGCAGCCGUGCGGCGCGGCGCCAACGCGGCCUGAGGAGCCGGCGGCGCCGGUGUUCCGGCACCCCACGCCUAUCGCGCCCAGGCCUGACAACGAGCUUCAGAAGACGAUGAACCUCGCCGGCGUGCCGCGCUGGCGCCGCGGCCGGCCGCGCCUGGCCGACCGAAGAGUUGUAGUGCAAAGACUUCUACCGUUGUUGCCCAAGCUGCCUCCGCCUAACAAUCUAAUACCAGUCAAGAUCGUGCCGAAUUCUCCUCCGGCGCCGCCGAAAAUAUUGCCCAAACCGCCGCCCACCUCCACUUCAGACCUGUCGUUCUUCUACGUGCUGAGCGAGUCCAACGGGCAGUUCUACUUCCAUGACGGAGACCGCCGCAUCCCCAUCACGCCGCUGCCGAGUGUCGACGCGCCGGCGCAAGAUGACCCCAGACAAGUUAAGUCCGAGAUCCUAUCGGCUAAGGCGGACAGUUCGGACGCGACGGACGGCGUCGAUUCUACCCCGGACGUCCACCACGAGCCGGAAACUGACCCCAAGGAGUCGACAGAGGCCAAGGAGGCCGAUUCUCCUGUCAAUGGAGAUAAAAAGGAGAGCGCUGAUAUUGGAAAUUUCCUGCCAUCUGAGUCGAUGUCGCUAUCGCCGUCGCGGCUGCUGCGCGAGACCGAGGGCUGGUUCGAGGGCUCCGUGCAGGACUUCUCGCUCAGCAGCUUCCUCGGCCACCUGGAGGGCCGCGUGCAGCCCGAGCUGGCCGUGAGUGCUCCGUGCAUGUCGCGCUGCAGUCGCGUCGCUGUCCCGUCGCGGCUGCUGCGCGAGACCGAGGGCUGGUUCGAGGGCUCCGUGCAGGACUUCUCGCUCAGCAGCUUCCUCGGCCACCUGGAGGGCCGCGUGCAGCCCGAGCUGGCCGUGAGUGCUCCGUGCAUGUCGCGCUGUAGUCGCGUCGCUGUCCCGUCGCGGCUGCUGCGCGAGACCGAGGGCUGGUUCGAGGGCUCCGUGCAGGACUUCUCGCUCAGCAGCUUCCUCGGCCACCUGGAGGGCCGCGUGCAGCCCGAGCUGGCCGUGAGUGCUCCGUGCAUGUCGCGCUGUAGUCGCGUCGCUGUCCCGUCGCGGCUGCUGCGCGAGACCGAGGGCUGGUUCGAGGGCUCCGUGCAGGACUUCUCGCUCAGCAGCUUCCUCGGCCACCUGGAGGGCCGCGUGCAGCCCGAGCUGGCCGUGGACUCCCAGCUCCAUUCCCUAAUGGCCGAGUCGAGCGUGGACUACGUGGCCAAGUUCGCCGACCUCGCCGCCGAGGUCACCGACGAGGUCAACCACCUCAGCGAUGACCUCACCUGAGCCUGAGCCCACCGAGCACCUUCGGCCGUCAGCAAUAAGGUUCACAUUGUGAUAAUUUUGUAGAUCGUUUUACAUGGUAUUGUUUAUGUAUCUAUUUUAUUAUGUACAAUGUACUAUCGGCAACAGUGUCAGAGUAAUUACAAAUGAGUAGGUCAUCUUCAUAGAAACGCACCGAGCGCGGUUUGUAUGUGAGCGCGCCAAUACGUAUGCGGCGCGCACGCACACACUGACAAAAUUUAGCGUGGAUUAGCGGGGAAUUGCGCCGAAUU